AUGUCUAACAACCAAGACAACAACAACAACCUCGUCUCCGGCCUCGGCGACACCCUCGGCCAAACCGUCGGCGGCGUCACCAGCACCGCAGGCGGAUUACUAGGCAACGUCGGCAAGACCGUUGGCGACGCAACCUCUGGUCUCGGAAAUACCGUUUCGGGCGCAAGUCAAGGAUUAGGGAAUACUGCUUCCGGGGCUGGGAAGACUGUUGGUGGCGGGAUAAGUAAUGCUACUGGUGGUGGAAGUGGAAGUGGUGAGCAGCAGAUUGGGGGAAAGGAACAGACUGCGGAGAAUCCUUUGGGAUUGUAA